AACCCCCAGCUCCCCCUCCAGCCAUAGAAGGAGAAGCACUAAUUAAGGGGGGUUACUUACUGGAGAGUUUGCUGCAAAUCUGCUCAGGUUGUAGAAUGGAUUUCUUAUUCGCGCAUGUAGCGGAGAAUGUGGGCUGCUUCAAACUGCAGUGACCGCACUGUACAGUGCAGCAGGUGAUUAGAGCCCCCCAUGUCUGCACACAGCUGCUGCCUCCUGUUUUCUUGAUGCCAUCUCUGUCACUCCCCAUGUUUAGUGCCCCCUCACACCCCGAGCCCCAGAUAUGGACGCUGCUUCUGACAUCACAUAUACUUACUAAGAAGAGAUGGUCAUGGGGUCUGGGAUCUAAACACAAUGGAUAAGGAACAUUUCUGCUUGGAAGAAAUACAACGUAAAAUAAAACAGGAAGGGCUUAAUCCAGGCGCAUCUGCAGAGGAAAACUUGAGGAUUUUAUGGACUCUAUACCAGGGCACCCAACUUAAAUUGCAGUCCGCUACUAACAGCUUAGACCAGCUUAAACUACAGCAAGCAGAAGAAAUGAAGGAAGUGGAGAGCUACGUAGCUCACAUCCGCAGCCUCACUGAGGAGAGAGAAGAGCUCACGACAGAUUUUGAAAAGGAGAAUAUUCAACUUAGAAUUGAUCUUGAAAAACUUCAGUUUCAGCAAGAGUCCCAACUAAAGGAAGUAGAAGAAAUGCUGGAGCAGGAAGGUUUAAGUGAGAUUUCCCAGAGCAGCCCCAGCGAGCAAGUGGCCUACUUACUGGUCGAGAGAGCAACCUUACUGGAGAAACUGGAUAUUUUGGAACAAAAGUUGGAUUCUCACUUGGAAAGUCUGAGUGGUAUUAAACGACAGGAUGAGUUGGAACAAAUUCAUCAGACAUUAGAAGAAGAACUUUAUCAGCAACAUGAAUCUAUGAAACGAACCAAAGAAACUUUAAAUAAGGAGCAACUAUCCUCUAUUCAGAACCCAUGGAAGAAGUUAUUUGGGAUCCGUAAAAUGUCUGCUAACUGUUCAACAUUUGAUGAAGAGCUUAACAAAGAAAAGAAAAUGAGGGAAUGUGUGGAAAGAGACUUGAACGAGGCAGCUCAGAGACUACAAAUGGCUCAUGAUGAGAUCCGCAGGCUGACUGAUGAUUUGCUAAUAAAAAAGAAGGAAGCUACAGAGCUUGAGCACAUUUUACAGGAAAGACAGAAGGAGAUUGAAACUCUUCAUGAAAAUGAACAAAGUGAACUACAGAAAGCCAAAGAAUAUAACAAUCGAUUAGAUACAGAAAAUCUGGCACUGCGCAAUCGUGUUAGGUUUCUGGAUUCCGAGAGGAAGAAGUAUAUGGAACAGAGUGAAAAAAGUGACAGUGAAUCAAGAGGAACCAUGCUUACUUCACAAAAUGAUCAGGACAAUGAGCUGCUUCAUAAAAGAUGCCAACUUGAAAUUGAGCAGAGAGAAAGUACAAUUAAAGAAUUAGUUUACUUGCAACAAAAGCUGCAGAGAGAGCACGAUGAGACGGUGGAGCGCAAUGAGGAGUUAGAGUCCAUUCUGGGAGAAACUCAAAAUCAAACAAAGGAACAAAUUCAUUACUUAGAGUGUGAAAUAGAAGGACUUCAAAGGAGAAUAAAGCUUUUUGAAGAAGAGCUCGUUAGACAACCUGAAAGAAAAAAAGAAUUGUCUGCUAUUGAUGGAUCAGCAAACACGGGCUCAGAAACAAGUACAGGUUUCCUUCAGAUGAUAGAAAAUAAUGAAGAGAAGGUAAAGGAUCUUGAAAGCAAAUUAACAGAAGAAAGAGAGCAAAGAGUAAAGCUUGCAUUAGAUCUGAAAACCGCACAAAAGACUGUUCAGGCUGAAAAAGAGGCAUGCACAUCUGAAUUACAAAAGCUCCAGGCUGAAAUGAAGAAUCUUGAAAAUGCAAAAAGUGAAAAUAAGAUGCUACACCUGCAAAAUGAAAAACUUGGUGAAGAAAAUAGCUUACACCAGAGAAAGAUGCUGGACCUUACUGAAGAAUGCAGAAGAUUACAAACGGCACUAGAUGAGGAGAAGUCCUUAAAAGAAAUGUUGGCUGCAAAAGAACAAAUGUUUCAAGAAUCUGGAAAAAUCAAAGAGAAUAUGCAAAGUGAAGCUGAGGAGAUGGGCGUGAAGCUAUUAGAGUCAAGAAAGAAAUGUGAAUUACUCCAAAAACAGAUAUAUGAAGAUACAAAAGAGAAACAGAAUCUAUGGAGCGAGAACUUGCUACUGAAAGGAGAGAUUAAAAUCCUUCGUCAAGAGCUUCGGGUUAAAAGAGAAGAAAUUUCUACCAUUAAACAAGAAAUGUCAGAUGUGCAGAAUAACUCGUCCAUGUCUCAGAGUCUCUUAGAUGGUGGAGAGGAAGCCAUUAGAACGUCAUUGGCAGGAGAUGCCCUGAUUCAGCAGCAAAAUGAGGAGAUUCGACAACUUCGUCAAGAUUUGCACAGAGUUCAGCACGUGUGCACUUCAGCUGAGAAAGAGCUGCGGUAUGAAAGGGAGAAAAACUUGGAUUUGAAGAAGCAACAUAUGAUGUUACAACAGGAAAAUAUCAAGAUCAAUGGAGAAUUAAAUCAAGUGAAACAGAAAAUCCCUGAUAUCACUGCAACGUGCUCCAGCCUUGAAGAAGAUCUUGACAAGAAACGACAAAAAGUUAAAGAACUAGAACUAGAAUUAAUGAAGCAAAGUCAAACCUACAAACUGUAUAACAAUUGGCAAGAAAAAUUUGAGAAAGAAAAAAACAGAGCACUUGAUGCAGAAAAACAGGUCUUGGAACUGCAACACCAACUCAGAGCUUCUAAACAUCAGUUGCUCCUCAUGGAAACUCAGGUUACAGAAAGAAAACACCUAGAGGACGAAUUAAAAAAUGCCAGAGAAAGUGAAACCAAACUACGAACACAAUUACAAGACAAUCAACUGAAAGUAAAACUUUUAGAUCAGAGACUUGAUGAUUUAAAGCAACAAAUAAAAGUCCUUCGGGACAAAGAAAAUGUACUAGUUCAGAAUAAUUCUGCCCUUCAGUUUAAACUGCAUCAGCAAGAGUCACGUCUACAGGCCUUGGAUGAUGAACAUAAUGCAGCAGCUAAAGAGCGUGUAUAUUGUGAGAACAACAUUCAGAAGCUUUCUGCAGAACUUUCACAGAUCCAACUAGAAAAUGAGAGAAUGCACAAAGAAUACAAUAAUGUGUUUAAGCAGCUGGAUGAAUAUAUCAGAAAAUAUAAUGAGAAACAACUUCGCCAUAAAACCAAACUUUACCAGGCAAAAGAGGUUAAUGUGAACGAGGUGAAUAAGCGUGAUAUGCGCAUAAGAGAACUUGAAAUGGAAAUCUCAUUGGCUAAAUGUCAGACAGAAAAGGGAAAAGAGAGGAUCAGUUUAAUCACAACAGAGAACCACCGACUUCAUGAAGAAAAACGACAUUUGUUGGAAAAGGUUAAUGAAUACGAAGCAAUGCAGAGUGACAACAAAUUACAGCUGCUAACGGCUCAAAAGCGAGCAAAUAUUUUGGAUAAAGAAAACAAACAAUUACUGGAGACCCUGUUUCACCUUUAUAACCAGAUUGGACCACUGGAGCGUGUAAUAAAAAAGAUUCAAGCCCUCAACCUCGAGGUAAGCGUGUCACUGGAUUGUACACUCCCAUUACAUUGGUCACCGAAAACUCAUUUUUAUUUGUGUUUGUGCUAA